AUGGAUCACUCACACAUGGACCACGGCAACAUGGGUCACGGCGGAAUGGACCACGGAGGCAUGGACCACGGCGACAUGUGCAACAUGAACAUGCUAUUUACCUGGGACACCAACAACCUCUGCAUCGUCUUCAAAUCCUGGCGCAUCACCUCCACAAUGUCACUGAUCUGGUCGCUGUUGGGCGUCAUGCUACUAACCGCCGGCUACGAACUCGUGCGCGAAAUGUCUCGCCGCUAUGAAGCCAAGGUGCAAAGAGAGAUUGAUGAUCUGCCGAGUACGUUUGCCCUUUCCUUUCCUCAACUUCCAAAAUCACCCUUGUUGUAA